AUGGAUUCUCAAUUAAACUAAGAUAGGUUUGUAGAUUUAUAUUUAUAAAGGGAUAAAAUAAUUAUAGUUGGAAGUCUUAAAAAUUAAGAAGGAAAUACAAUUAAAUUUGAAAAGGGACCUCUAUUGAGAAAAACUUAAUUUGGAGAAUUUUAUCAACUGACUAACGUUGAGUCAAAAGAGGUGUUAGUUGCAAAGAUUAUAACUAAGAGCAAAAUAAAUACAAGUAAAAUUAGAUAAUAAGUGUUACAAAAAGUUAGAAUUCAUUAGUAGAUUGAGCAUAAAAACAUUCUCAAAUACGAGGGAGUUAUCGAAGACUAAGACUUUAUUUACAUUCUCCUUGAGGAUUUUAAAUGUACACUAAAUGAGUAUUUGUAAUAGAAAGGAUAGUUAUGUGAAAACGAGGCAAAGUUAUUAUUUGUUUAAAUAGUCGAUGCAUUGAAUUAUUUACAUGAAAAUAACAUCCUACAUCGAGAUUUAAAGCUAAGCAAUAUAUACUUUAAUAAGGAGUAGUAACUAAAGGUUGGUGGAUUCAACUAUGCAAUAAAAUUAGAGUAGAAAGAAGAAAGAAGAAGGUCUAUUUGUGGCAGUUCUUAAUAUUUGGCUCCUGAUAUAUUAGACAACGAAAAUGGAUAUUCUUUUGAAGUAGAUUUAUGGUAUUUAGGGAUCAUUUUAUACACAUUAAUCUUUGGAGUACAUCCAUUUGAAGCAUUUGAUAUCAAAAUUGCUUAUUAGAACAUAAAAGCUAAUAAAUAGUAAUACAAAGAAGAUGUAUAAAUAUCAUAGAGUACUAAAUAAUUGAUUGAUGAAUUACUAAAUUCGGAUUGUAAAAAAAGAGCUACUCUUAAGAGAGUUCAAGAAAUUUUGAUAUGA